AAUACGGACGUAGUAUGCCAUCCUUACACGGAAUGCAUUUCCUACCUAUAUAUCUAGUAAUAUAUGUGAUAUGAUUUGCAAUAAAAGAUCUGAAUAUGUUUUCAAGAUUUGUUCAAUACAUUCAAUCAGCAACAUUUUCCCUUCUCACACUUUCAUCAGCCCCAAAACCUACUACACCCACUGAAAAAGAAACCCAAUCCUCAUCAGAACAUCCUUCCAAAAUGUCUUAUUUAUUGGACCCCAAUGCCUCUGAGACUGCUUCCAAACAGACCAUCGCACCCCAAUCUUUCCCAACCGUUGAACCGGCUUUUACUAUCCAGGUACAAAUUAGCGGAAAAUACAUGGUUGGUAAGUACAGAUGCCAUUUUCUGCAUCGUUCAAAGCGGCUAACAUAAUGACAGGCGAUGUCUUUACCGGUUCCACACUUGCUGCCGUGGUAUGUAAGAAGUGCAUGUAUAUAACUUUCAAUUCCACUAAUGAAUUCCCCAGCCUUUCACAGCCGGCGUCAUAAAGUCCGUUCCCUCAUUCGAGAAGCAAUUCGAGCUCGAAGUCUUCACCGGACAAGAUUUCUUUUACAUCGAUGCAGAUAAAAGCCAUGCCAGAUUCAACGUGAACGCCAUUGCCAAGGAUUCCAAUGACGUGGCCGUUUCGGUGAAGCUUGCAGGCCUUACCAAGUUAACCGAGAACAUCCAGGGGCUACUAUUUGGGGCCCCUGAAGCGAGCACGAGCCCUUUUGGCUAUGGUAGUAUGUAAAACCCUUAUGAGCGUUUUAGGAGAAAUCGUUUAUUGAUGUUUUAUAGUUGAAACCGUCUCUUUUGAGACUGGGCACCCUGAUUACAGGUUUCUUGAGCAGAAUAUUUGGGCUGCUUCUCAGCGAUUUGCUAUCAUUGAUGGGGCUUUUGUUGUUCAGUUGAGAGUAUCUAAGGUUAGCCCUGGUACUGGAAUGGAGUAAAUAGUUGGACACGCCCAUUGAAAUUCGUCGCUGAGUUAUUGGGGCAAUCUUUUGAGAAGGAAGACUUUUGUAAAGUGCAUAUCGCAUCGCUUAGGAUAUUAUUCAAGAUAGCAAAUAAAGAGAGCUUGGACUUGAUGAUCUUUCGCGUUUUUCGCAAAAUAUAUGGUCUCUUUGGACCUCCCAAGUUACUUAACAUGUAUAUCAAAGUACGGUAGAACGCCACUUGACAGUGGAAUUCUUCUAUUCCAAAGUAUUCCACAUUCUUUUAGCGACCUUUGAUCAUCUGGAAGUACUCCUCUACUUGUUAGAUACGAUUACUUAAAGUUCUCAUACUUCCACUCCUUUAACUUGGGGUACGACCAGAAUACUAUGGGUUAUCUCGAGAUAUUUUUCACCUAAUAUACUGGUUACCUCUCCUUACAAUACCACAUCUCUUAUACCAACAUUAUCCCAAUCUCAAACUUUGACUACCAUGCGAGGUAUCCUGUCUCGUUCAAAUUUCCAUAAUACACCAUUAAUCUGGGACAGAAUUCCGGCUCUGACAAAAACGCAAAUCAAUACGGACUUGGAUUUUCAGCUUAUAAAAUGAUCUUCAUAACCUAUGACAACUGUACCAACGGAGCGGGAUGCCAAAGUGGCACAGUGGUUGAAUGUGGACGCAUUCGAAUGCAAAGUCGCUUACGCCAACAACUCUGAUUCGUCGUUUGGAUUUCCGUGCCUGAACGGUCCGCCCAACACCGAUUGCCAUGCUGACUCCACAUGGGAGGCCGGCCUUUGCAGGGCGUACUCCCAUGUGGAGGUUGACUUUUCCGCUGGGCGGGAACUGGUUCGAUUUUCCACUACUGUCUCCUCUAUUUGCAGCGGUAAAUUUCCGAGCUGCGCGAUAGGAUAUACAUAUGCUGAUAUGGAUCACUACUUCGUCUACAAUACACCAACUGCCUUCAAUCUUCAUUUCUAUUUUACAAAACAGUCAAUAAAAUGCUUUUUCACACUUUAACCGCCGCUACUCUCGUAGCAACCGCCAUAGCAGCACCUAAACCUCUGUCAAGCUGCUCCGAAACCUCUGAUCAGCCAUGCAGAUGCCCAGAAGGCACUGAUUACAUGACCGCAACCACAUAUCUUACAGUAGGCGCCAAUGCAUUCGAUGUCCGCGAACUACUUGGAGAUUGUAAGUUAAAACCUUUUCCCUUUCUACCCCAGUGUAUCCCAUUUAGGAACCGUUCUUGGCUGACUGGCUAAAACAUAGUUUACAAUCUGGACUGGGUGCCACAGAAAGUGGUAGAUCCCACCGGUCCCGAUAACAAAGUCGGCUCCACCCGUCUAACUGUCAUUGCCAUCGACGUCGGGAUGUAUGAAUGGCUUGAGGAAGUGCGUCCUUCUUCCCACUUUUCCGAUAGUUUGCUUCUAAUAUUCCUUCCAGCUGACACGUUACGAACCCGGACCUGAUGGAUCAUUCCUGUGGGCUUUCAAAGUCGCAAAUGGUUCGCCUUCCAAGCUUCCCUCCUUCUCUUCCCGCCACUAAUCGAGCUAAUAGUACCUCUCAAAUUCCACGAGAUCCCCGGCAGGUUCGCAGGCGAAUUCAUCUCCAUGAAAACCGACGUCAUCUCGUCGAACCAAACCCGGAUCUCCUGGAACUUGUAUGGCUGCCAUUCAGGCGGUAUGCAUCGUAAGUCACCCGUUCAUCGCCCUUAUUCUCCAGCUCAAUGUCAUUUCUCGCGUGGCAAUGUAUCGUGUGACUAACGCUGAAUGUGAUCAAAGGAUAUUCCGAGUUCCAGCGCAUGGUUCUUACACGUGUCAAUGGACUGCUUGAAGAAGCGGGGAAGAUUACGGGAGAUAGCGAGGCAGCUUGGUCUGAGAUUGGUGUGCCUAGGGGUAUGACAUUGGCUUCUGCUGUUGAUUUUCCUACGAAUACUGGUUCUCAGUGCCCGCUUACUGAUGGUGGAGUUUUGAGGAAGCAACAUCUUGGUAACGGUAAUGCUUGGACUGUCUUGUAGAAUGUCUAAACAUCGACUGGGAAGGCACAUUAGUAUCCUCCCUAUCCAUUAUUGAGAUUUUGCCCUAGGCAAGAUAUGACCCGCCGAGUCUUGAAAGGGUGUUGUUAAUUAUUUGGAAGAGAGCAAUAAGAUCACAGGUUUGGGAUAACGAUAUUGAAUAUCAUAGCUUUAGAUACACCAAUAACAAUUUCU